AGUGCUAUAUGAUCCAAGACUAUUUCAUCAUCUGCCAAACGUUAUAAUAUAUAGAUUUUAUAUAUCAAAUGUUCUGUAGCUGCCAAAUCUUAUUAUUAAGGUAUUAAAAGGGAGUACUUUGAAAUGUGGAGUGCAUAUAAAAAGAGGAUUAAUAUCUUAACUUCAUUAUAAAUUAAAGUUUCAGAAAAAAUGGCGUUCCAGUUUGCCUGCAUUUUGCAUCUGUUACUGGCUGUUUCAAUCACGUACCACGUGCGUGCGUUACCACAUGACGAGCGCGACUCGGAAGAGACGCACGUGCAACAUGUCGUUGAUGGAUUAACGUCUGUGACGAAAGAGCUGGAAACUACUGAUUAUGAUGACGACGAGGAUUUGGAAACAGAUGACGAGCUAGACAAACACAACAUACGCCACGAUCCGCGUGGAGUUAAAAAGGAUAUUGCUGAGAACAAUGAUAAUAAAAAAAGCGAUGGGUCGGCAGCACGUAGCAAUGCAUUGCAGGAAACUGAUGAUAACGAAAGAGACAGUAGCGGGAGCUCUAAUAUUAGGGAAUCAGCAGCUGAAAACAGUGGCUUCGCAUGCCCGCAUUGUUCAGACACCAUUAAAGAGAAAACAGAGCGCAUAAAGCAUCACAUACUUGACAGACUUGGAAUGGACACGGCGCCAAAGGUGGGUGGACCCUUGCCACCUCUUCCGUUUGACUUUUACACGGAGGAAAACUAUGCAAUGAGUGAUGAAGAUUACCAAGAACCGAAUGAAAACAACAACAGACCAAAGGUCCGCGAGAUAUUCAUUACCGGAACCGACAUCACGGAUAAGUGUUACCAGCAGAAGGGCACUGGUUGCUAUAGUUUCAACGUCAGUGCUGACGUCAUCGAUCCCGCCCGUGUGCAGAAGAUAGAAUUAUGGGUGUAUAAGCAGUCGGAUCCUAAUGACCAUUUCCAGCAGACGUUCAUGGUGUCUGAGCUGGCGCCGACGGUGCGGGACGGAAGUCCGAUGUUGCGUAUCCGGAACAUAGUCAAGCGACAGGAAACGCGGAUGAAGUACGGCUGGAUGCGCGUCUACGUGAUGCGCGCCGUCAUUCGCUGGCUGUCCAAGCCGCACCGGAAUCACGGGCUGGCCAUCGUGUGUAAAACCUGCCAGCGGCGGAACCAUAGGACCAUAUACGGGGACAAAGAAGGUUUGUUGCCCAUCCUGGUAUUCUACAUGAACGACAAGACGAGCAGCAGACGACAGCGGCGCUCUGUUGCGUGUAGGGAGGGUGGGGACCAGUGUUGUCACAAGGAAACGCUAGAGAUCAACUUCCGGGACAUCGGCUGGGAUUACAUAAUGGCACCGCCAAAGAUACGGCCUAACUUCUGUACAGGAUCGUGUAACGGAGUUCACACCGGAUUUUACAACCACACUCGGCUUAUCCAGACCGUUAAGCAGACGACAUCCCUGAGUCACUUGCCAGUCACGAGCUGUUGUUCGCCAGUCUCGUUCCGGCAACCAACCAGCUUGCUGUAUCGUGAUCACGAGGGUGUAAUAAGGAAAGUUGACGUACCAAACCUGUUGGUUAGUGACUGUGGAUGCACUUAGAAUCGCAUGCACAUUCAACGACAUCCGUGUUUGUUUGAGAGACUUCAUUGAAAGAAUUGUUUUGUUUACUGUCGAUUAUGUAUGCCUGUUGAUUUGAAUGUGGACAUCUUAACCGCAUUUUUGUUGCAUCAUUUUUCUUCCAUAUUCGGUUGAAAUAGUAAGAUUGUUAAUAAAAUAUAAAUGUUAUGGUUGUUGUGACACGAAAUUAGCUGCUUUUCUUAAUGCGUGUUUUUAUUCAUAAUCAAAAUCCCUAUGUGAAUAUAGUUUGAGAGUAUAAUAUAUGAAACACGUUUAUAUUUCUGUUUUUGCACUCAAGUUCGUGCUGUACAGAUUUAAUGUCUUUUGUGAGGAUGGCAGCAAUUUUAUUUGAUAAAGCUGCAUACUGUUGAGGUUUAACAAUGAUUUAUCUUAUUUUAUUUUAUUUUUUCCUUGUGCAUUUUAUAUGAUGUUUAUGUUUUGUGUAUUAUUUGAAAUGUUCUUUACUAUGCCAUUUAUACUGACAAAGGGCACACUUUCAAUGCAAAUUUUACCUUUUUACACAGCAGUUAUGCUUGUAGAAAAUAUAUUUUAUACAAACAAACUAGAUAUUGUAAAUAUAAUAGCA